GCCGAUAUAAUCUACCCAUAAUGAAAGUUCAGCAUAAAUACCUCGUUCUUAUUUAUGCAGUGUCUUUUGUAUUCGGUGAUGAGCCACAUUUUAAGACAAGAUUUGACUACGAUGAGCAACUUUUGGAGAAAAUGAUUCGCAUGGAAUUUCAAUAUGAACAGUGGGAAAAACGGAUAAAUGAAAGUCUGGAGAAAAUGGAGAAACAGAGAGCUAGCAUCCACACUGAUUUGGAAGUAUUGCGAAAUGAAAGAGAAGAGUUUGACACGCACGUUAACGAGACGUUAACAGACAUGCAGCAACUGUCCGAACUAAAAGACGCACAACAGCUGUCUAAACCUCCUCACUCAACAAUAUUGUUUCGAGCGCGAAAGGUUGCUGACUAUACCCUCUCAACUGAAAACCAGAUAAUUAUCUUCUCCGAAAUGCUCAGCAACGUCGGCGGAGGCUACAAUUCUGCAUCUGGAAAAUUUACGGCGCCAGUCGCUGGAACGUACCUUUUCACUGUCAGCCUGUGUCCGAUACGCGGAAAGAGCAUAUUCUUCAACAUAGUGACCAAAGAAGACGUAGUGGCGAACGGACAUACGUAUGAUGUUGCGGGCUACCUUUGUGUUUCCGGAAACGCUAUCGUGCAACUCGCCGCCAAUGACGUCGUCUACGUCAAAUCCACGUACACGCCUGACGUGCUUUUGCAAGGUGGACUGAAGGAUGAUUUUGACGCAAAGUCGAAUUAUUUUUCAGGCGUUCUUCUGCAUUCAAUAUGAAUGACACAUAUAUCCAAUUUGUGUUCACCAUAAGGCGAAUUAAAUCGUUUACUGCAGUAUAUUUGCUAAAAUGCAGGAUUUGUAGAAAUUAAGUUAUGGACUUCGUUAAUGUGUUGACAUUUAAUUCGUAAUGUAUCUUUAUUAUAUUAUCGAAAUAUUUGGCAAGAAAAAUAACUAGAAGUGAUAUGUUCCUACACUCCUUUUUUAGGAAUGUCGUAAAUAAAUUACAGAAUGCAUUUUCAUUCAUACAUUUUGUUAAAUAAUAUUGAUAAGAGAUUGAUGCAUAUUUUAUUGUUACAUUUGAUAUCAACAAUCAGGUAGUAUUAAUUUAUUUUUAUUUUGUUACGGUCAAUUUGUUAAACAGAAUAAAGCUAUAAAAAUAGUAAUUUAUGUUAAUUAUGAAUGCUAAUUUGAUCAAUUCACUCUGGAAUGGAUUAAAUGAUACCUUGAGAAGAUGUUUUUAAAUAUUAUUAACAGAACAAUAUCAGAAACAUAAUAAUUAUAUUUAUAUUGCAGUGAUAAGAAUACUUCACUUGCUACAUUCACUGUACAUUCCACGGAAGUCAAGCCUUGCAUAUUUAGUUGAGUUGUCCAUUCUGUUUGCAAUGCGAUUUGGAUGAGUAAUGAUUUUUUACUAAAUUCAGCAUGAUUCAGAACUGUUUCUUAGUUGAGGUUUCUCAUCUUAUUGUAAAAGUAGACGUUGAAAAGAAUAUAAGCUGUAGUUGCUAUAUUUCUGUAAACAAGCUUAAAAUUUUGUUUAAAUGAUUUAACUAGUAGAACCCUCUCUUUUGUAAAAGAAAAUCACCGUUAAAGCAUUCCAAAUGAAAUCCAAAAUCAUUAGUUAGUAGCUUAUUUAUGAAAAGGGAAGCACCUUUUCUUAUAACAUAAUAAAGUUAAGGACAGAUACAGCAAUAACUCAACACUAUUCUCUAUCAUCUAAAACAUGUUCAAGAAAUACGCUUCAUUAACAAAACACUAUCGUUGAAAAGCCUUUGGUUGGAUACAAUUUCAACGAUGCCUUGUAUACGUUUAAAGAAUAUUUGUUGUUUACUACCAGAAAAGGUAUGAAUUCAAUAAUGAUGUUGAUUUCAUUAAAUGAAAGUAUUAGUAAUCAUGUAGUUUCAGUGAGCAUUGGGCCUAUGUUUUUUAUGUUAUUAGACCUUCUACAUGCGCGUUGUGGAGCAUACGUCGUGACUAGGUUACUUCCCUUUUGGAGCAGGCUCCCCAUCGGGUGUGUCGUAAAAACACGGACGUCUCAAAGGGUGAUAUAAAGAAAGAACGCGCGAGAAACAUAUGAAACAAAAUAUGUUGAUGGCUGCUCACUGUUAAAUGUUUAAUUAUUAUAGUAAUGUUUGUUUUCAUACAAUAAAUUA